UUGUGGAACUAUGUCCUUAAAACUCCAAAAGAAUCUGAAACAGAUAAAGAUGAAGUUAUAGAAGCUGUUCAAGAACUUCUUGAUAAUAACAAUGAUGAGAAAGAAAGUGAUAACCUAAUAAAUAAGUUUAGUAAGAAUGAAAUUAUAAAAUUAGAAACAGAUGAUAAAUUAUUUGAGGAGACUAAUUCUGGUUAUACCACUAAUGAAUCAUAUAAUAAACCUACAAAAGAUAAAAAGAUAAACAUUAAUAAUACAGGCUCAAUAAAAGUAUUAUGGAAAGAAGGAAAUCAAAUAAUAGAAAGAAUAUUAGACUCAGAAAAAGUGCAAAAAAGAUCGAUUGCUUUGAUCGAAACAAUAUUUAUUUUUAUAACCUUUGGAAACUUUAUAAAUAUAAUUUUACUAGAAAUAGAUAUAUGA